CUUACGCAGGCACUUGGUGCUGAGCAUGGCUUUCUUUCCCGAUGCCGACGUGGUCAACGUGUUUCGUGCCCUCGAAAGCAACCGGACCAUCUUUAUAAUGGUUUUCAAUGCCAUCACUUUCGGCAAAAGAAAUGCCAAGGCGCUGGGGCGAUUGGUCGAACGCAACCGAGCGUUCAAUUCUCUCACCCUCGACCUUAACCAGAGUGAGCCCUGCGUCGAUCGCAUGGUUCAGUUCCGCAAUAUCUGCCGGGAACUCAAGGAGGCGCUUCGUCGGAACCGCUUCAUUGUGCACAUAAACGUAAACUUAGGCAAUUCUAAUCUCUCCAACGACCCUGCCAUCAAGGAUGCUAUCAGGCAAAACUCGGCGCUCAUCAACCAAGCCAUCCGGUUCGUCAAUGGCUCCAUGGACAAGACUGACGCCCUGGCUUUCGAGACCCUGCAGCAUUGUCGGUCGGUGUCAAUAAGGAUGCACUCGCAUGGUGGCAUUCCCCUCGAGUCAGCGCUCCAGAAGGUCGCCGAGGCGCGCAAAAGGCUCGCUUUGAACUACUUCGUUCUCGCGGGCGUCGUCAAAGUCAAGCUUGUGUGCCAGAUGACUCGCAAGGCGAAGAAGAAAAUGACCUUGCUCGACAAAAUCGGCCGAGUAAUGCAGGCGCGCAUCUGCUCCUACCUCAGCUUGACCGAUGUCGUGGACAUCUGAGGGGCCACAGUUUUUAUUUUAUCCUUGGCGGGGGCCUCAACCCUCCACCUGUUGACAACGGCGUCGUCGUACGUCAGCCCUCGAGCGUAGUUGAAGCACGUACAAACUCCAUUACAGAACCAGUCGUAAAAGAAACUCCCAUAUCAGAGACCUUCAUACUUUGCACACAUUUUAACUGGGAGCGGUUCAGAUCAAGCGACGCGUUAUAAAUGACAAGUUGGAGAAGCUUUUCAUUGUUGGUUCAUGCUGUUGCAUUUUCAGAGCGACAUGAACGCGCCACAAUUUCAUAUUUACGCACGUCAUAUCAUUGCGCUGGGCAUUCGACUUUCCCGCAUUCGUUACGCCACUACCUUUCAUUUUUCUGUUUAUUUUAGCGCCAUAUUUUAGCACCGUCA